GUAAUGCAAGUGAAACGUUACUUUUGCUUUUAUACGUAUUUACAUUGCUGAAGCAUUCACUGAUUGGGAGCCGAUUGACAUCCUAAUUUUUCAUGGGAUUCUUUCCAAAAGCAUUGCGACGAAGCCAAAUGAUAGUUAGCUAGGGCGAUAUGCGCAGAAAAUAUCGUAUCAACUCAGAUUGUUUAGACUGUAUGCUUCUAAGUACAUGAAAUAACUACUAUUAAAUACUGAAUACUUAUAGAAGGUAACUCAAGGAAGCAUUUUUGUGCAUUUAUUGUGCUUAUCCAAGGUAGUAUCGCCAAAUAAAGUCUCGAUAGAAGCAUCAUGGUGACUCGCGUGUAUGAGAACACAAUCUAGUAAAAUUGUUGCAUGGAGUGCAGACGUAAUCCACAUGUAUUAUGGAUUAAUUGAAGAUUAUCAACAAACACAGCUUCUUCCUUCAUAUAACGGGGAUUGGUGUCUGGAGUCACAUCACCCCUGUCUACAAUAAGUGGAUGGAUUAGAAAAAUCCUACUGAGCUUAAGGAAUUCUCUUAGUGACCUCAAACAGCACUGUCAAGCCAGUAAAUUUUUGCCUGGCAUUAUUCUGGUGUGCUCUAGCACAAAUGGGAAGAGAUUAAGUUUUGUAUGGUAGUUUUGCGCCGAUUAUCAAGUCUAUCAGAAUUUUUGUGCAUUUUUAUCGCUUGAAGUUGAGCAAGCAGAGACUAAAACAUGGUUGGUUUACCGAUGAUUUUUCCACCAAAUGCUAAGCGAUAAUUCUAACCCCCUGUGCAUGAAAAUACGUGUUUAAUCAAAUUGGGAUUCGCUUUUGCUUCAUAAAACCAAAAAAACUUCUACACACACUUAAGAAAACUGUCUUCCUGGGGUUUUACUGUUUCGUGACACGAUUCUUAAUAAGCAGACCUCGAUAGCUAACUUUGCGCUUUCCAAAUCCAUUUUCUAGGCGCUUCCGGCUAACCUUUACUUUUUGAUCUCUCUGCUAAUUCUCAGUAGAUCUGAUCGUAUUUCCGUAGUCGUAGAUGCAGCUCGCAUUUUGUCACGAAAGAUAAAAUCAACAGAAGUUACAUUAUUUUAUUUAUAGAAUAGUCAUCACUAACUUCCUAAUGUGUCCCGCCAAAGACAAGAAAGUGACCCACUCGCUUUUGAGUGGGUAUUUCACAAAUGUCAGAGUUUUUUUAUAUUUUACCAGAAAAUAUUUUUGAGCUGAUCUAAUUUGUCAUUUUGGUAGUCACUUGUGUAGCUUUUGAUGCUAUUCACUUUUGUGGGUGGAUAUGCAGGUAUUAAUGACAUCACUGUUCAGGUAGUGCAUCGUUUGGUUAGUUCAUCUGCUAUCUGGUUGGCACUUUAAGGCCACUAGGACGUUAGUUGAUUUCGAUUCCUUUAGUUCCCUAUUUUUACACCUUUUCUGAACACCGUGUUUAAAUAAAUCGAGGUUUACAUACCUAGCAGUCAUCGAGUUCUCGUGGACCAAACGAUAUUGAUAGAAUGAAGGGAAAGGUUGAAAUAAAGAAGCAACUUAUUGACUAAGGGAAACUGUUUUCGCCUUGCACUUCAUUCUAUCAGUAUGCGGUAAAAAUUUUCAGUAGGUGAGUCAUUGCGAACACUCAUUCUCCUAGGAUGUUUUAAGCUGCUGUGCCAAUUUUUACUUUGGAGUUAAGAUUAAAACAAAAGGUAGUAGUUAUCAAGCCACCUUUCCCAUUUAAUGCCCAACGUUGAGGAGCAAAAUAAUUGUACUACUCAUAAGUUGCAAGUAGAUACGUCAAUAAUCCAAAAAUUAACACGACCAUAUUGUCGAAGGAUAUAUUUUUUUCUGGUUUUGUAAUCAAGAAAGUGCUAAAAUAAAGCUUUACAUGAGCACCUUUUUGUGAAUUUUGAAUAAUCACGGAUUUACAAUGGACUUAUCAUCGAGAACUGUCAAGGACAAGCUCCAUCUUAUUCGACUCAGUAAUAUAUCACAUACUGAAAGUAUCUUGAUAUGACUAUAGACAUUGAAUUGUCUCUUAAGCGUGAAUUUGUAAAUUAUACUGUAUGUAUGUAGUAUAUCCAAUAUAUCAACUAAAAUGGAGUCACUUUCGACUAUAAUGCUCAAUUUUAACUCAUCAUAGAAGACGAGUUUGUCAGGAAAAUCAUUAUUUUAUCUGGCCAUGGCCUGCAAACUUUGAAGGUGAACUCCGAAAAUUCUGGCAAAAAGUAACACACCUAUCCUGGAAAUCUCAUAUUCAUGUCAUGAACUGUAUACUUCAGUAGAUGAGUUUACCGUUUGUGCACAAUUUCUCAAUGAGUAGCAAUUAUUCCACUGGUAGCGAUACUUUUACCUCGAGGUUACUGAGAUGUUGGCAGGAUUUUCUAGCUUCGUGUAAAUCCUUCUACAGUAUAUCUGAAAAUGAAGAGUACUCAUUACUUUUAAAGGAAUUUACAGAGACUGAGUUCACCAAUGUGAUCCGUGUAACUCUUAGUCAUCUUAUUUCACCAUCUCACAUCACUUCCGUGAAUCAUCAUGAAAUAGUAGCUUAUUAUUUUUUCAAAGCUCUGCUCACUUCAGGGAAAUCUGUUGAAGGAGAAUCAGAUGAUGGUAUGAUAAAUGAUGGAAGUUCACAAGACUCCCUUAAGUUUUGCAUUUUUAAGAAAACCUUUUGUAUUGAAUUAUUCCUCAAGAUUGAAUGUAUUCUGGAGAAGCUUUUGGACGAAGUGUCUAGAAAUGUAAUAACAUUUCCAAUCAGUUGCAUAUGUAGUGCUGUUGGACUUAUUUCAGAUUUACUAAGGGACUCUUCAUUAACUUCGUUGCUACUUCACCACCUUGAAGAAGUGUGGAAUAAUUGGGGAACGUUGAUCAAGAAACUUAUUGAAUAUAUUAUGAACCAUCAAAAUGGCAUUGCAAAUAAUGAUCAGGAGGUUUUUCUUUUUGAUACUUUUCGUCUUUGGAGAACUGCACUAAAGGCGCACGUAAAAGUUAACAGUAACACAAUGGAAAGUAAACACGCUCCAAUAUUUACUACCCUGGUUGAUGUUCUAUAUGUCUGUUUAGUGGGACAUUUCAGAAUAUAUUCCAAGUGUCCUGUUGAGGUACCCUCAUCACUCUGGCCUAAUCAUCUUGUACGUAGUUUACGUACUGUGUAUAAACUCGUAAAUAAAUCAGAGCAUCUGACAAUCAAUAGUUUGUCUCCUACCCUAGACACACUUGUAUAUGAAUUAUUGUGUCCAUGUUCAUCAAACCCUUGUUCCAAAGAGUCUCACACCAAUCUAACCAGUUAUUUAAUCUAUACAAUGAAAGCUCAACAAACUGAUGGUUUCGAUGAGGCAUCCUUAUUUCAACCAGAUCCUGCCUUAUCUCUCCGUAUCAUAAUUCUCUGUGGUCUUGAGAAUAGUCUAAAAUUAGAUCCGAAUGAUGCACAAUUUUGGUCUUUACUAAACUCCAUUUAUAAGUUAAUAUUAAAUAUGGAGCUAUGCGAAUCGAAUAUAGAUCAUGUUUAUGAAAAUUCAGUCAUCUCUUUGUUUUCUGGGGAUGAUGUACAACUUUUUCGUGCUCUAGAUCUUUGGAUUCAAAUUGAAAAUCGCAUUACAUCUGUUGAGUCACAUCAGAAGAACAGUGUCAAUCCAAUACCGAAUGCUCAUUGGUUGUUUGCCUGUCUGUCCAAAUCUAUUGGCUUUUCGUCCUACUUAUUUGUUGAUUGGUUGGUAUCUCCUGAAACCAUUUGUCUGUCAUACUUAGUUCAUUACCUACGGAAAAUUAGUGAUGAAAACGAGAUUGCUGACAGAUCUAACCAUUCUAUGAUGACUGCAAUCUUAUCAAAUUCAUGGCCACUAAAACCAUUGGAAGAAAUGCUGCGCCAAAUUGCCAAGUGUCUUGAAAUUCUGGAUAAAAGUAAAGGGAUUGCGUUCUGUCCAAAACCCCUAGUUAACCGCAUUUAUCGUUCUUUAUCCCUUUUAACUGAUCUUUAUCACACCACAACACACCGCUAAUGUAUCAAACUUUUAUGUACUUCCGACACUUACUUUACAAUGCUGAAAAUUCUGUUUUGAAUAUAAUAUUUUUUAAAAUUCAGUAACUUCAAAGAUUACCUGUCAGUAAUCUUUCUAUCGCUUAUGUUUGUGUAUAAUCAUCGGGGUUUAUGUUGGUCAGAUGUCUGAAUAUGCUUUAUUGUACUCGAACUGUAAACACUAUUCCAGAAUACAGUUCUUCGCUUAUG